UGUCCGCCUCGUAGCUGCUGCAGGAUUGUUGUCAUUUUCUGUGGCUAGCGUUUAGCGCUGGCUAGCCGUUGGAUUUUUCUCUCCAACAUACUCUGAUCCAGCAGGAUGUUAGGAUGGAGUGUGGCCCAGUUCUGCCGGACAGCCUGGUGUUGGAGAUCUUUCUGCGUCUGCCCCAUGAUGCUGUGCUGAGAGCUGGUCUGACCUGCCGACAGUGGCUGGCUGUCUCCAGAGAUGAGUUCCUGUGGAGGGAGCUGUUCUACAGCUACUACCGCAUUCCCCGCUUGGUACCCCGGCACCCUGCGGCUGUAUCGUGGUACAGGGAGUUCAAGCGUCUGUUUGACUGCAUCCCCUGUGUGGAGGUUCAAACUCUGAGAGAGCACACCGACCAAGUCCUUCACCUGGCUUUCUCUCAUCGGGGUCACCGCUUCUCCUCCUGCUCAAAAGACUGUACUGUUAAGCUAUGGGACACUGAGCGGCCAGAUGGUAAUAUCUCCUUGGUGCACAGCUCCAGCAUGCGGCAGUUUAACUGGGGCUACACCCAGUUCUCCCAGUUCAACGCUGAUGACAGCCUGCUGCUCGUCUCGGGUGUCUACCUGGGACCACACCACUCGUCAUCAGGAGAAAUCGCUGUCAUCAGUCUAGAAAAUUACACGCUGUUGUCGCGGGUCCGGAACAAGCCCUAUGAUGUCUUUGGCUGCUGGCUGAAUGAGACCCACCUGAUAUCUGGAAACCUGCACUGGAUAGGCAACAUGACAUCCUGCUCUGUGCUCUGGCUCAAUAAAGCCUUCCAGGAUAUCGAAUCGGAGAACGUCAACGUGGUCAAGCGCCUUUUCAAGAUCCAGAACAUCAACGCCAGCACCAUUCGCACGGUGAUGGUGGCCCACUGUCGGCGGCACGAUAACCCGGACUUGCUGUUGGACUAUGAAGCUCAGUCUCAGGCCCGAAGGCAGAAGGGGCAGCAGCAGCACCACCACCAGCCUCUCCUCUUUGACUUGGCAACGUCCGGUAGCGAGGAAGAAGAGGAGCAAGAAGAGGAGGAAGAGUGCCAGAGGGGAGCGAGAAGUCACGGCCUCCCCAGUCCUCGUCUCCCUCAGCCGACCAUGUCGGGACUGGAGCACGUUAUACAUAGCCGAAAAAACGUGGGGCAGAAGGAGCUGGAGAUUGAGACCCAGGUGGCUCAGUUGAUGGGCAGAGCCUACACGAAGCCCCCUGACCCCAGCCUCACUGAGCCGUCCGAGUCUGGGGAAGAAGACAAAACGUACUUACUCUUCACCACCGGCAGCCUUACAUACUCCCCUCACCAGAUAGGCAUUAAGCGAAUCAGGCCUGAACAGAUGACCACUUCGGGGCCUGUUCUCGGCGAAGAGCGAAGUUCAGACGAGUUCUUUGAUUCCCUGGAUCAUGUUAUUGAUAUCCACGGUCACAUCAUUGGCAUGGGCCUUUCUCCAGACCACAGAUACCUGUAUGUUAAUAGCCGGGCUUGGCCAGCUGGAUGUGUGAUCUCAGACCCCAUGUCUCCGCCCCCCAUCGCCGAGGAGAUCGACCUGCACGUGAUUGACCUGAAGAGUUUGAGAGAGGAGAGAAGAAGCCUGCGCGCUCAUCGAGCUUUCACACCCAACGAUGAGUGCUUCUUCAUCUUCCUGGACGUCAGCAGAGACUUUGUUGCCAGUGGAGCCGAGGACAAGCACGGCUACAUCUGGGACCGUCACUACAACAUCUGUCUGGCGCGUCUGGCACACGACGAUGUGGUGAACUCGGUGGCGUUCAGCCCCGCCGACCAGGAGCUGCUGCUGUCCGCCAGCGACGACUCCACCAUCAAGGUGUGGCGUUCGCCGCGAAUGAUCCGCCUCGCGCAGGCCUCCGCCCGGCCGCCCAGACCACGCAGCCUCCUGCCGUCCUGGCUGAGCCGCAGCAAGAACUCCUGCAUCAACGGAAAACCAUGAGUCAGGCUGGAAAACACUUGAAGCGGGAGGGGGAAGCAUGGUGAGGAAAGUCUGAUCUUUUUCCUUUGUGGUAUGAAUAUAUACACACUCCAUGUAUGUGUACAGCGUGGGCACGCACAGUCUGUUGUUUUCGCUUGAGCUCACGGUGUCGUGACCUAAAGCAGUGACUGAUUCAGCUGACAGGAAACGAUAGCGGCUCAGACACAAGGGGGCGCUGUUGUGCCAGCAGAACUGACUGCAGACAGAAAUAAUACGCACAGGUAGAGAUGUAGAGAGUGUAGAGCUGUCUCCUAAACACAGAUGCCCAAAAACUGCUCCCCUGAAAGAUGGUUGUUCUCCUUUUUUUUUCUUUUUU